AUGCAUCAUUUAGCACUUCUGUUCGCGCUUGUUCGCUUCGCAAGUGCUCAAACUUCGUCCCCCACGGCGAUUGCGUCCCAUUACUCUCUCUCAAGCAGCACAAGUCUCAAGAUGCCAACUGCCACUCUCGCACCCUCCUCUGCUUCAGCAUACAUCACAUCCACUUGGUCCGUCCAGGGUAACAUCGACGGAGCAGCUGAUCUCGCGUUCGUGCCAGACCCAUUUCCCUCUACCACGUCCUCUGCGACUUCUACCGCCAAGACGACAGCCAAAACGACCGCAAAAUCUACGUCGAAGUCGACCUCGACGCCUACUCCGACUCCUACCCCCGUCUUGCGAGUGACCUACCCCAAUGGGAGCUUCUCGCACCCGGGCACAGCAGGUGCCCAAUUUUACUCGUACUGGUCGCCGCCAGCGGGUAAGCAAUGGCAGUCGAUGCUUCUCGCGUACGACGUUGCAUUCGAUACCAACUUCACGUGGGUGCUUGGCGGGAAGCUGCCUGGGCUCCGUGGCGGUGCGAACACCUCGAGUUGUUCAGGUGGAUCUGCAGCAAAUGGUUCGAACUGCUUCACUUCACGACUAAUGUGGAGGACGGGUGGUGCUGGUGAAGUAUACUCUUACUUCCUGUUGCCCAAUGGUACUUGUACAAACUCCCACUUUAUAUGCAAUUCGGAUGGAUAUGGUACAAGUAUUGAUCGCGGAUCGUUCAAUUUUAACGCUGGACAAUGGAAUCGCAUAUCCUUGCUCGUACGGAUGAAUAGUCCUGUGAACGUUACUAACGGUCAGGUGGCACUGUACCACAACGACGUGCAAGCAAUCUCGGAGAGCAGUUUGCAAUACCGCAACAACUCAGCAGUCAACAUCGGUGGAAUAUUCUUCUCGACAUUCUUCGGAGGCAGCACCUCGUCGUGGGCUCCGCCAAAUACGACCCACUCUUACUUCCGCAACUUCCAGCUGUGGGGUAGUACUGCGCCGGCGUGA